AAUUGAUUGACGUUGUUUUGAUUUGAUGAUUUAUUGUUUUGUUUUUUGUGUGAUUAUCGUCUUUUUUACAUGUCUAUACCAACCAGUGUCUAACUGAUAAUAUUAUCUAAAUACCUAAGUUCAGUUUCGUCUAACUUAAUUGAGUGAAUAGAUUUAUUUGACAAAUAUAAUCGGACGUGUAUUCAACAUGUCUAAAAUCAAGUUGAAUCUCAUUGCUGCAGCGUGCGAUAACAUGGGAAUAGGCGUAAAUGGCACUCUACCAUGGAGAUUGAAAAAAGAAAUGGCAUAUUUUACAACAAUGACGUCUAAAGUUAACGAUCCACAGAAGACAAAUGCAGUAAUUAUGGGCCGUACUACGUGGGACUGCAUCCCCUUGAAGUAUCGUCCGUUGAGUGGUCGUGUCAAUAUUGUUCUCACUCACCACGUAGACAAAAUAAAGGCAGAGGUUCCCGAAGGUGUAGUUGUGAUGCCCGGGUUGGAUGAGACAGUAAAAUACAUUGAAAAUAGAGACGAUAUCGAAUCGACAUGGGUCAUUGGAGGCUCUUCUAUAUACAAGGCUGCGAUGGACCACCCAUGCUGUGGAAAGAUAUAUCUGACAGAAAUACAAAAAACAUACAAAUGUGACACAUUCUUCCCGAACAUAGACAAAGAAAACUACCAGUUGAUGGAUGAGGAAGACGUAUCCAAUGAAAAACAAGUCGAGGGCGAUAUCACUUAUUACUUCAGGGUGUACAAAAAAUUAUGAUUAAAUAUUACAAAUACAAA